AAACUAUCACCAUUCAUGAAAUAUGAAGUUUCAUUCACAGGCCCAGAAACAAUCAAAGUAUUUCCCAAGGGUUUUCCAGAAGAAGAGACUUAUACUAAUUUGAAGACAAGACUCAAUGAACUGUCGACAGUGGACAAUGUUGGUCUUGCAUACAUCGCAAAGUCUCUCCCGGUUACUGCUAAUAUGGACAUUAAGUACGAGACUCCUGGAGAAGUUAUCAUGGACGUGUGUCUGAUCAGACAGCAAAGUCCAGCAGUUAUUCUUUCGGUUGUAAAAGAAAUGUCUGAAAAUAUUAAACUUCAGACUCAAAUAUACAACUCUGCUGUCUCGAAAGAACUUACAAAGAACGUUCGCAAGUUUACGACCGUGACCUUCAACUCUAUAUACGGGUUAAUGCAUGAGAAAGAACUCAUGUCGAAGGAAACAUUUCAGUCCUCUCUAGCAAGGAUAGAGAAAGUGCGAUCUCGCCUCUGUGUACCUGAUUCUUUGAGUAUGAACAACGAGAAGUAUAAGCAUGUUGUCCGUGCCUUUCUCUCUCCUAUGGCAGCAACCGAGUUUGUUAGUGACGAAAACGAUGACACUCAGUGGUUUUUGACACAUAAGCAGUUCUGUAUCCUGACAGAGAACAUUGAUCACACUGAAGUGCAUGUGGAUACCUUCCCUGCCAGCGGUGGUCGAGUCCUGUCUCUCACCGUAUGCCAGCGUUUACAGAAACUUGGACGAACAUUGCUCAUAUCAGAUGAUCUCAAACUGAUCGAACAUGCAAGAAAACACAAUAUUGAUCAGACGACUUUCAGCGACCUUGGACAAAGAGAUCUGGCGGCUGAAGGAAAAGAAAUCCUUUACGUUGUUGUAUACGAAGGUGGAGAACACUGCUCAUCUCAGGUUCCACACCCACCGCAGCUGUUGGCCGCUGCACAAAAGCGCUGGGUUUUCCAUAGACAGAAAGGUAUUGGAGCGCUUGAGGAGGAGAGUGUGCAACAAAGCAAACAUCUGUCGACCCCUUCAACGACAACGCUUGUUUGUGGAACAGGUUCCGGUUUUCUGGAGAGGGCAAUUCGAAUGGUACUUGUUGGAAAGACUGGAGCAGGUAAAAGUACCACAGGAAAUACAAUAUGUGGAGCCGGAAAGGGGGCACAGAUAUUCCAAGCAUUAGCAAGGGCAGUGUCUGUUACAAGGACAUGCAAACAACAUUCCGUUAAACGUUUUGGGCACGACUUGCAACUUGUAGAUGUCCCGGGUUUUUGUGACACAAACAGAUCACGUGAAGACAUCAAGAACGAGUUAAAAUGUGUGGGUAUGUCAUCUCCUGGAAUACACGCUAUUCUUUUCAUCGUGAGAAUUGGAAGGUUAACUGGAGAAGACAAAAAUACACUGGAAAAGUUCCUGCAAUGCUUUGGACAAGAAGCUAAAAGAUUCGUGAUUGUUGUAUUUACUGGAAAAGAUGACUUGGAAGAGGCAGGUGACACAAUUGACGACUAUCUUGGAGAUAUUCCUGUGAAACUGAAGCAGUUUCUACUUGAUACAAGACUUCGUCUUAUUGCUGUAAACAACAGAGGAACGGAUGAAGAGAAGGAGAAAUUUACCCAAGACCUGAUUGACAUGGUAAAACACAUGGUUGAUGAAAAUGGCGGCCGGUGCUACACAAAUGAGAUGUAUCAGCGACAUGAAGCUGAUCUGCGAGAAGCUGAGAAGAUGGAAACUCUUGAAGGCGAGAGACAAGAAACAAGAAGCGGCUGCCUUCGAAGAACAGGCACAGAGUCAGCGUGA